CAGCCAUUGUUAGAUUUUCAGAUUCUCAACUAAAUCCAAGUGAUACUCUGUGUAUCCCCACAUGGCCACUUUUAUCCUUUUUCCUUCUUUUUGUUUUUGUUUUUGUUGUGGAGUAUCCUUUUUCCAGUUGCUGCUGCUGCUUUUUAUAAGUAGAUUGAAAUUGCAGCAUGGGAAGGAGAAUUAGCAGAAACACCAUUCUUAAUCUCUUGAAAUAUCUGUGUUCAGCAGCAUCUUAAGGAAAAGAAGUUUGUGGGUUCUGAAUAAACCAAGAAGGGAAACAAUGUUGAAGAACACAAAGGCAGCAACCAAGAUAACCGCGCUUGUUGUAGACGACAGCUUGAUCAACCAAAGAAUUCACCACAAACUGUUGGAAAAUCUUGGCAUAGAAAACCAAGUUGUGGGGAAUGGGAAAGAAGCCAUUGAUGUCCACUGCUCUGGAAAACACUUUGACCUUAUUCUCAUGGACAUGGACAUGCCUAUCAUGAAUGGUAUUGAGGCAACAAGAACACUGCGUGCAAUGGGAAUUCGGAGCACAAUCGCAGGCGUUUCGUCACACUCAUCCCUCAGUGAAGACACACAAGAAUUUAUAGAGGCAGGCUUAGAUGACUACCAAGAGAAACCAUUAACCCCUGCUAAGCUAGUUGCCAUCCUCCAUAAGGUUAAUCUCCAUGUCUGAAUUUCAUGGAUUAGUAUUAAGAAGCAAAGCAGAAAGGUCAGGUUAUCCAUGUAAUGUAACCCACUGACCAUUAAGUAGCUCUUGAGAUGUUGUGGUGGGUGUGAUUAAUUAACAAUUCAAAGCUCCCAUAAAAAAUAUUUCAUGUAAUCAAUAUGAGAAAGUUUUACCUCCUCUUCCUUAUACUUUCUUACACUCUGUUCCUUUUGGU